AAACGAGCCCGCAUUUUUUCUAUUGCAUCUGUGUUUGUUUGUUGAAGACAAUUGCUUAAAUUGAUGAGCACAAAAGCGCAGAAUGUCGAAACCAAUUACUUUUGUUACGGGCAAUGCCAAGAAGCUGGAGGAACUGAUUGCCAUACUGGGACCCAAUUUCCCCCGCCAGGUCAUUUCGAAGCAAGUGGAUUUGCCCGAGUGGCAGGGCGAUAUUGAGGAGAUUGCGGUGAAGAAGUGCAAGGAGGCAGCGCAACAGGUGAAUGGACCCGUACUGAUCGAGGACACCAGUCUGUGCUUCAAUGCGCUGCAGGGUCUGCCCGGUCCGUAUAUUAAGUGGUUCCUGGACAAACUUCAGCCAGAGGGACUGCAUCGUUUGCUCAGCGGCUGGGACGAUAAAUCGGCGCGUGCGAUUUGCACCUUUGCCUACUGUGAGAGCAGCACGUCGGAGCCACAAAUCUUUCAGGGCAUCACAGAGGGCUCCAUUGUGGAGCCACGUGGUCCACGCGACUUUGGAUGGGAUCCGGUGUUUCAGCCCAAGGGCUACGAUCAAACCUAUGCGGAGCUGCCCAAAUCGGAGAAGAAUAAAAUCUCGCAUCGCUUCCGCGCAUUGGAUCUGCUGCAGCAGCACUUUAAGGGCGAUAGUUAAACUGAGAGAGACUCCUAUUAAAAUUCGCUAUAAAUAAGUUUA